CUACAACAAAAAUUACUUUUAGAAAGUUUAGACAAAAAAAGUAGAGAAACAAACACAGCAGAAAAAAGUGCAAAACAAAAAGUAAAUAAAAUGCCUGCCAUAACAAGUGAAAUAUCAACGCCCGCGCCAACCCGCAGCUUACGACCAAUCAGGUCGGCAGUGGCUACAGCUGCGACAGCAGCCACCUCAAUGUUCACAUCAGCAGUAGCGGCAGCAGCGGCAACAGCUGCGACAGCAUCAUCCUUAUCGAAAACAACAAUAACAAUAGCAAGGGAGACACCAUCCAGCAGUAGCUACAGCCAGAAUAGCAUAUCAACUCAACAACCGGAUACUUUGGAACGACGACUGCAACCAGAUGUCGAUACAGUUACCGGAAGUGGAAGUAGAGUAGGCGUAAAUGUCGAUCUAACCACUACACUGCCCAACCGCCUCGCCAAUAUACUGUUAUCCAAUUUUCUGCCUGCCACAAAUACCAGCAGUCCUAGUAGUACCAGGAGCAGCAGUAGUGGCGGCGGUAGCCGUACUUCAGUCACAUAUCCAAUCUUCCGGCCGCCUAGCAUAGAAAAUCUUGUCGCAAACUCAGCUGAGGAUUUGAACGACUUUCGUGAUGUGUCCUUCGAUAUAUUCGACGACAAUGACGAUUUGUUUGGCUCACCAUUGGCAUUUGAUGCUAGCGAGAAUGGUUUGUGGAAUGGACGUUUUGUGCCGCCACCACCGCGGCCCCCCUUCUUUGUCGAUGAGCCAGUGCUGAGUGAUGGACUGACAACGUGUGAUUUGUGCUCAUGGGCUAUGCCUACGAAGAGUACAUUCAUAUUCGAGGGCACAAUAGAAAAAGCCUCCGAAUUGGGUUGGCCCUUGACGCUGAUCAUCGUUUCCGUGCUUUCGGCGUUGCUUGGCGCAAUCGUCAUGGUGACGGUUGUACGUUGCAGAAGAAAAAAACCGACGAACAACCGUAAUGAAACGCACGUGCAAUGGUGGUCACGGAACAAGCGUUCAAACGGCAGCAAUAAUAACAAUCACUUGCGACGCAGCAACAUUUACACAGCACAUCCAGCGGACAGUAUUCGUGGGUUGCAGCAGCCAUCGCUAUCGGCAGCCUCAUCGCUUACCACAAUGACCGCAAUGGGCGCAUCAGCGGCACCCCUCCAUUCUACGGCGGUCACACCGAAUACAACACAGCCGCCACAGCUGUCACACCACCAACAACAACAACAGCAGCAAUAUUACCAUCAUCCAUAUAAUCAGCAUGCACUUCAACCUCCGCUACCCCGCAGCCUCAGCGGCCAUCAGCGCGCACCCGAUUAUGAAUACGAGCACGAAUACCAUCAACCACAGGAAUUACAAUUACAACUGCAGCAUCAACGCCAACACAGUUCGUCGAUGUCAUCCGUGUCCGACUCACCAACAUUGCCGGUGGCGAAUAGUAUCAAACCGAGACAGCUGCAAUUGCAACACCAGCCGCUGCAACACCAUUUGCAACAAAAUGCUGCACACAAUGUGGCCGAUGGUGUGACCGUUGGCUUUGGUGGGGGUGUGGUUGGUGUUGGUGUGAGCCGACGUGGUGCAUCCGAAUUGUGCGAUGACGCGUCAUGUCGGUGGCCGAACGCGACAAUUGUGGUGGCCAGCUGA